AUGUGUGAACAUAUUCCGAAACACUUUGGUCUUCGCGGAGCUGCGGAUAUUGAACGAGCUGUGCGACAGGCCACGCAAAGUGUGCAGGCUGCCAAUGCCAGUCUUGGACUACUUGAGGCCGCGACACGUAAUCACAUUGAUGCUUUGCGUGAUGCAAUCCGAAACGGAGAUCCGGUGAAAGCGCGCGAGAAGAAAUGGGAUCACGUGUCACGAUUAGCUGCUCGUAAAGACAAAGCCCAAGAACAGGCAAACGAAGCGGUCAAUGAGGCCUCCACCCAUUUGGAAUCGUUGCGAAGUGUGAUCAACCAGUGCAAGUUAAACGAAGAAUUGCUGGACAGCGAAAAACUUCCUGAGGGGAUAGCUGCUUACGGAGACCUGCGAUACGAUCUAGAAGGUUCCAUUCAUCAGGCCGUGGAGGCACGUGAACAGACCCAAAGGGAACUGCGUCAGGCCUUGGCCAGACACAGUGAUCAUCUGUCACAUAUGCUACGCCUCAAACAGGAAGAAAUGGAGCAUCAGUUCACUUAUCGUUUGCGGGAAGCGUUGGCUCAGGAGAAAACCGCGUUCGAAGCCGCUCUGUCCGGUUGGAUUCAACGAAUGAAAGCCAUCGAGGAUGUGGUCGAUGGUAAGGUCAAUUUUCGUGCUUAA